CUGGGAAGUUCGGCCUGGGGAGAGCGGUUGAAUGUGUGCCUGUGCGCAGGGAGUGCGAGUUAUGUGGGAUUUAAAAGCAAAGGUGGCCUGGAAGAGGAGGGAGGGUUGAGUGUCUGCUUUCUGUGUGACUUAGUGAUGAAGUCCUGGGGAUGGUAUAUAUGUAGGAAGUGGGGGAACUGAGUUCAGCUUAUGGAAACUUGCAAGGGGCUCAACAGAGAGAAACUGAUGCUAGAGGUUCAGGCAGCAAGGAAGGAUGUGUCUUUUGUGACUGGUGUGUAAGCCUGACUACAAGCAUAACAUUUAGGGUGAGCCUGUGGAGGCUGGAGGGCUCUAUCUGUGAGGGACAAGUAGGAGACUGUGAUGGCUUUGUCUGCAGAAGACAUGCAAGCUCCAGCUGUGGGAGAAUACGUGGGGCUGGACACGUAGAUGGAGUAGGUGGUGGCUGUCAUGUUAGGUAUUCAGUCUGUAAAAGCCUGCCUAGAGAGAGAUGUGCUUAUGUGGUUCAGAGAACCAGAAGGACUUGGCAUUGAUAUUUGGGCUCAUGUCACUGAUUUAGAGGUUCAGCUACUUGAAGACAUUGGGGUGGAACUGGCAGUCUGGUCUGGUGGAAAUUUAGGAGCUGACAAUUUAGCUGUAGGUAUGAGGGACUUCAGGCAUUGCUUUUGCUCACACUGAGAGUGGGAUUCCAGCAUCAGCUAGAAGUGAUUGAAAAGAGGGAGUAUGUGUAUGUGCUCUUGUAUUUAUGUUUGAACACACACCCACUGGAAAACAAUGUGCAAAUGAAACGUGCCAACCAUCUAAUGGACUGUUUAGGCAGCACAUUGUUAUGAUUUCUCAUUUGUGGGGGAAAAAAGUAAUCGCUUGCAACUUUCUCAGUGACGUGAUAGGGUGAAGAUUGGUAGUUGCAUAUCAGAUUUGUUGCCACACUGUCACUACUCUGUUCAGUUGUGAAAGUGUUGAUGCAGUUACAAUUACAGGUUGGAUGGGGCUUUGGGCAACCUGGUCUAGUGGAGGGUGUCCCUGCCCAUGGCAGGGGGGUUGGAACUAGAUGGUCUUUGAGGUCCCUUCCAACCCAAACCAUUCUGUGAUUCUAUGGACUAUGUUGGACCUGUUUAUGAAUCAGCUCCUGAGUCACUGCAAUUUUCCGUCCAGCUGAUAAAGGAGUGUCCACAAAAGGAAAUUUAAGAACAAGCUAUUUGCCAAAAUGUCAAAGAAGUAAAACUGAGCUAAAGGUGCCUGUAGCUGUUGCUUCUGUUUCCAUGGAUCCUGUUAGAAGCACAGGAGACCUCACAGGGCAGCAGGUCACUAAUGAAGGAGGAAUCAAGAGUGCUUCUUUAAAGGAUUUGUGUCCUGAGGACAAGAGACGCAUUGCAAACUUAAUUAAAGAACUUGCCAGGGUAAGUGAAGAAAAGGAGGUGACAGAAGAACGGCUGAAAGCUGAACAGGAGUCAUUUGAGAAGAAGAUCAGACAGCUAGAGGAACAGAAUGAACUUAUCAUCAAGGAAAGGGAAGCUCUGCAGCAGCAGUACAGAGAAUGCCAGGAACUUUUGAGCCUCUAUCAGAAGUACCUAGCUGAGCAGCAGGAAAAACUAUCACUCUCCCUUUCUGAACUCAGUGCUGCCAAGGAACAGGAGCAGAAGGUAUCCAGUAAGAAGAGCUUAUGCCAACAACCAUCUUUGGAGCUAGAUUGUUCCUACUUGGGUAUUGGGCGACCUCAAACUUUUUAUAAGAACAGUAGACCAUCAAAGCCUGCAAGCCCAGCCCGUGCUGCUUUGUCUCAGCCUUGCAGGAAUAAUCAUGGUUGCAGGACUGAAAUCCAUUACAACCAUCGGGAGUGUCUAAAAGAAUAUCCGGUAGAAAAUAGCUUGCACAGAAAGUGUAACAAUAUGAUUUCCCCAGCCAAGCAGAGGAGCCCUCAUCGUGUAAAACCAGCUCAAGAGAUGGACCAGACAACAAAUGAAUUUCAGAGCACAUGCCGUGUGAAUCACGGUUGUGCCUGUGGGCAUGUGGGGAGCUCAGGGAGCGUGCAAGAGAGCCCCCAUGUCGGCCAGGUACUUAGAAGACACUCUGGGCCAGUUCACAAAACCUGCGAUUAUUCCAGGCGCUCUCAAGUUUCUGGGCUGAAUGACAGCGUGGACUCAGGGGCUAAAGAAACAGAGCAGGCUAAAAGGUUGUAUGAAGAAAGAAGGCAGAAGCUGCUUCUCCAGAAAAUGGAGCUGGAAAUUGAAAAGGAACGACUCCAACAUUUGUUGGCUAAGCAAGAAGCAAAACUGCUCCUAAAACAACAGCAACUACACCAAUCCCGGAUGGAUUAUAACAGAGGCCACGUACCUGGCUCAGAAGAUGUGCCCAUUGAUGAAGCAGCUGGAGAACUUGCUCUGAUGAUGAACAGCAACAGCGUGGGGCUAAGCGUACCAGUGUUGAAAUGUGAAGAUUAUUUUCCAAGGACACCUCCAGUGAGCAAAACCUCCAGAACACCAGGCAGCAGUGGUGGUAGCAGUUUGGGGAAGAAAGUGGUUGGUUUAGGUGCAAACGUGAAAGAUGGACAAACCCUUCUGAUGCAAACCAAGAGGGAAGGCACCAAGUCAAGGAAAGGGACAACUUCAGGACCUAGGAAGGAUGCAGCCACAUCUCCUGUGCUGAUAGGCAGCAGCAAAGACCUUGCAACCACAGCCACAUCACCAGUCCAGCAUGACACUUCACGGUAUGAAGCCUGUCUUCUUGACCUGGUUGAAGGUAUGAGUCCAAUAUCUGCCCGAGGACACCUCUGCAGAGAAUCUUGUGACAGGAACAAAAGGCACACCCCUCGUCACGUGAGCCACAGGCCGUCAUCUUGGUACCAGACCCCUCGCAGCUCCAGAAGCAGAGCAGAUGAGCUGGAGGAGAGCCGGCUCCUCGAGGAGAUUUUCUUCAUUUGACACACCUCAUUGGUCUACAGCCCUUAUGUAGAAUUUUUAGGACCUUUAUAUUGCUGAUUUGUUUGUGUUAAAGUACCAUUUAUAAAUUAUUUGAGUGACAACUGCUUGUCUUCCAUCUUCCAAACCAUAGCUAAUUAGCAUCCAGUUUCAUUUUGGAUUUAGUGUAAUCAUGGUGCAAGAACAUUGUUGGGGUAGACCAAUCAGAAAGUGUUAACUUUUUUUCUUAAGUCUUUCAUGUGCCAAGUAAUCAGUCUAAAAUAGAAUUUUUUUUAAUCUACAACAUUUUCUCAUAGAUUGAAGUGACAGUUUUGCCAGCCUCAUAUCGGAAGUAUAUUUCAUUAUCGAUUUUUAGCUCUAAAGCAGUUUGCAAGAACUGCCUAACGUUCAAGAACGACCACGUUAAAAGUAGAUUAUUUUCUAAUUAAACAAGUCUAUUUAAAACCUGGCAUAUUAUAAAGGUACAAGCACUUUAGUACUUUUUUCAGUGAUUUUAUGAUCUGCUUUUUCCUGCAACAUUCUGAUGUUUAACACACUGGGUUUUUAUGGGGUAUAUCGUAAUCUCAGCUAUACAGUGUCUAAUAACAUUAAUAGACGAUGUUGCAGGUUGAUGUAUUUGGCAACCGUUUGAAAUAUAUUCCUCUCUAAAUCAGUGCUAUUUGACAGAGUUUAUGUGCUGGGUAACCUAACCCUGAAAUAGCAGAACACAGUCAGACCUUGUAGUGGUCCAAAACCUAUUUGAUGUACUGUUCAAGAUGAAAUAUAUAGUAGUGGUAGUAUAAGAACAGUCUUAAGACAUUUUCACUAACUUGCACUAUUUUGAUCCUGUAUCCAGGCUCCAUUGUAAAUAAGACAAAUCAGUAAUUAUUUCCACUAGCGGCUCACAAUGCACAUUUCCCUGCCGACUUUAAUUAUUCAUGCUGUAUCUAUUUCAGUUUAUUUAAAUGCACUUCCAUCUACUGCAUGUAGUUGGUUAUUUAAAGAAAUGUGCCGAAUUGGUAAAAAUGACUGCAGAUUACAGGAUUAAUGGUCAUUUUCUCCACAAUGCAGUGUUCAUAUUUUAUUGUAACAGUAGCCACCGGCACGUGUUCCUAGAAAUAUGAGGCUAAAAUACUCAUUCUGCACAGUAAGAUUGCAGCAAGGGAAAGGUAGAAUUGAGCCAGAAUGGGCAAGUUCUAGGCCAUUUUCCCCCAAAACGCCAUUUUGUGGGCCAGUACAGCUUUUCUGACAGUCUCUUUAGGCAACUCUGCUUAUCUUAACGGCAGCGAGUUGCUGUACCAAUCCUUGGGGUAUCGCUGCUGCCUGCCUCCUGCACACUCACUCCUGUGCAAUGUUUGGUGCUCCGCAAGGAGCUAGCAUGGCUUGGCAAUGAGGCCCGCGGUGCGUCUCUGAUGAGAGCAUCAGUGCAGGAUAUCUGGCAUGUGCCCCUGGCAGCACUGUGCUCUUACAGCAAUGAAACAAAAGGAGAAUGAAGGGGAAGAUACACCUCGGGUUUCUCUGAGCUGUUUCAUUCAGGCGCAGCCUUAAUCACAAGUUAGGUGAUAUCCUUUUCUUGCACCCCAGAUGAAUUUUAAAAGCUGCUUGGAGGAGCUUAAAGGAGGGCAGCAGCAUUACUGGACCAGAAAAUAACUACUGUGGUCUGUCCUGCUGUCAGGGAAGUAUUGUAGUUCUUUCCAUUAUGUCUAUCUGCUGUUGAAUGUCCCUCUUGUUCUGCUCCGUGAGCCUGCCAAGGCACAGGUUUCUGCUUAAAGCCCCAGAGAUGUAUUUGGUGUCCUGACCCACGUAUAGCACGUGGGGAAAUAGGUUUUCUCAUUCUGCUGGCUGAGAAGUCAGCUUCUUUAAGAGGGCAGGAAAAGGGAAGAGAAAAACGUACAAAGAGGAGCAGGAAAACCAUGAAGAUACUACCAUCACAUAGAUCUUACGAUUUUGGGUUGGGUUUUGGUGUUUUUUUAGUUUUGUUGGGGUUUUUUUGUGAUAAGGUUUGGCAUUUAUAAAGAAACAGUUCUGUGAUUUCAGUCCCAUUGCUUCUCUUCUCUUUUCCAGUCUGACUGAAACUUUAAUUGCCUUUUCUAAUAAGUGCUAACUGACCUUUUGAAACAGCAAAAAAAUACAUGUGUAUCUCUUGAAAGGUACCUUUGUGUACCCAGUCGAGAACACUGCGUGGGAGCAUUCUGUUCUUUGGUGGUUUGUGGGUGCUAAUAUUUAACUGCUUUAGGAUUCCUUAUGAUCUAUUUUGUUCAUUAACAAUUCUAAUUCUGAUAGUGACUUCUGAUUUGAAUCUAUAUUUUGGUAGUAGCUCUUUUUAAAAGGACAUCGUCAGGGCUGUGGGCUCUACACUCAAGGUGCUGUCCAUCAAUCAGAGGUACACGGGAAGCGUACCUUUACAAAGCCAAGAAUUUUAGAAUUAAGGCGGUUGAAACGUCUGAUGGGUGAAGGCUGUGACAUGUGGAUGAAGAAACAAAAGCUAUUAAUUUGGUAGACCCUGUGAAAAAUGAUUUUUUAUAAUGCUGGCUCUUGCUCUAGUUAUCAAGAGUACAUUAGGAAUAGUGUUUAGCAGUCACUGCAAGCAAAGAUAUUUUGCCAUGAGGCACUACAAAGUUGAAGUUAUUAAAACAUUUAUAGCCUUAGAAAAAAAAUCAAUGAUUGUCAAAUAGGAAAGGACAAAAUCAGUAGUUGGGACUGGGAGGGGAAUUGUUUUCCAUCUGCUAAAACAGUAGAGGAAAUGCAAAAAUUAAACUAGCAAAAGCAAUCACUUGACAGUGUCCUUUUAAGUUUCAGCUCCUAUAUUAGGAAGUUGCCGCUGGGGAGUUAGUCCAGCCGUAGAUUGUUUGUCCAGAGUGUUCCCAGUUAAUAUGCUUCAGCUGUGUUUUACAUGAAGCUUUGUGGAGUAACAUGGCUUCUGCUAAGGCUCCUACCCAUGCCUUCACUUUGUGUUCUUCCCGAGUGGCUUGUACACACACACACACAUACACACACUUGCCGAGUGUUUGUGUAGUCGUUGUUUCUGUGCACCUUGCACGCCGUGGACCUGUAGCGAUCAGACUUUUUCCACUUCUAGCCUCUCCAGUCUCGCUGUUGAAUCCUACCUUGAGCAUAUAUUUAUGUAUGUAACUGAGGUCUUAAUCUAAUAAAUUAUCUGGGGGUUUCGUUUAAUCUUCCAGAUCUUUAUUGACU